AUGAAUCCGGAGCAGAGCGAUAGCAACGAGUCGGAUGGAGAGCAAAAAGCGUUUUCCGAAUUGUCUUCCUAUCAUUCCGGGACAACGAUGGUAUCAAGCGAAUUCUCGAGUGGUGACACCACAGACACCAGUGAUGUGUACGAUGAGGAAGAAUCUGAUGAACCUGAAACCAGUGAGACUGACGAAACCGAUGAAAGCGAAGAGACUACAAGUUCACCACAUUCAUCUGAUACAUCGUUCGAUUUAAGCACUCUCAUAGAGGAAACAGAUCGAGAAAAACUAGCUAAGUUUGUUCGUCUACGACCAACCGAUAUUCGUUGGAUUAAUGCUGCUUGGAACUACUUUGAUCAGGAACCCGUAUAUCGAAAUAGAGCAAAGCCCGUAAAAGUGGUGCGAAAAAUGCGUUCCAACGUGAAACACAGAGGGAAUUGGACUGAAUUGCAGCAUGAAUACAAUUUACGACAUCCGCUAUGUGCAGAUGGAAAAACGAUGAAGGAAUUGAUGAAGUUGUCAUUUGACGCACGUUAUAUGCCGUUACCGGAUCUCACUGUAUAG